AUGGGAAGGUUGCUCUGUGAAAACGACUCCAACAAACCAAGAGCUUUCUUCACGCCCAAGACUACGGAUGACGUAUGUCGUGUGCUGCAAUACACCUCAGCUAAUCAGCAUCAAGUAUCACUGCUUGGUGGAGGGCAUGACCCUAAAGGUAUUCUAGAAAGUCAGAUUUUGAAACUUGGUUUCUAGGGACUUGAGUUUCGUUUUAUCUUACAACCUAGUUAUAAUGGCAUUGAUUAAAACAAUUUUAGAACGGCAAUAAUUUUAAUCCAUUUUGAUUGUCAAUAUAAUGAGCAUUACUGCACCGAUGCAACUGAAGUUCAGGUCGACGCAGGGUUACCCUGGAUCAAGAUUUUAACUCAGACAGAGCUGUCAUGGAGAUGGCCACCAUACUGUUAAACAGAAAAGUAAAAGCCACAAAUACAAUGUCUUUGUUUCAUAUAACACCAUGAAUAUCUUAGAUCACUUAGUAUGAAUAUUCACUGCUGUCUUAAUGAAUUUUUUUCUUAAUCCGGACAACUCUCAAGUGAGACCAUUUUCGUCUUUAUCCCUAUUGACUGGCAACUCGUUUCCAAUUAAAAACCAGACUGGAGGGGGAGGGGCGCCUAACGAUAGAUGGUUCUCACCAGCGCUCACGACCCAGCCUCCCAACAGUUUUGGCGCGCAGACUGAAACAAGAGAAAAUACCUGCGUGUCACGUUAAAAUAUUACCAAUCAAAACUGAAGUAACAAUUUGUUUACCCAUCUGAAGGCUUGGCUAUCAUUCACGAUGCCCUCGUUCUCGACAUGUCAGCAAUGAAACACAUCGACAUUGAUCCUCAGACAGCAACAGCCUGGAUCGAGGCAGGCGUGAACGUGAAGGAUCUUGAUGACGUCACAUGCCCACAAGGCCUGGCUGCAGUGAAUGGCUCCUGCACGACUGUUGGUGUAGUAGGUUUCACUUUAGGUGGAGGGUUUGGGUUUCUCAGCAGGACGAAGGGGCUGGCAGUCGAAACUGUCUUCAAAUGGAAAUUGUCACUGCUACUGGCCAGCGGAUAG